GCCUUUUCAUCAGCAGCUAUACCCAACUUACUCUCGUGUUUGUCGCAUGCUUUUCGAUAUGUUGUUAUAUAAUAUCGUGAUUUCAUGAUCAUCGAGCUAAUUUUCAAGAAAGAUUAACAAAAACAAGUUUCUUUACAAUAAAAAAAGUUGUAUAAAGCCAUAAUCCUUUACAAACACAGUUACUGCUUCAUCACAUCGCUUCAUCAGCUGCCGAUAGCAGGAGGGUGGGACAGUCUGUAGAUUCUGUGAACCUUUACUUGGCAUUCAUCAUUAAACGACUGAUUAUACAGGAAAAUGACAUUCUACAGAAAAGUUGUCUGGUACACCAGAGGUCUCAAAGAGUAUACAAAGAAAGGCUAUGAAGCUGCUUUCAAAAAUUUUGAAUCUCUUGACAACAUUGAUCUUUCUGGCAGAGCUUUCAUGGUAACAGGAGCUAACAGUGGAAUUGGGAAAGAAGCAGCUCUGGAAGUAGCCAAAAGAGGUGGUACAGUACAUAUGAUCUGUAGAAGCGAAGAGCGUGGGAAGCAAGCUCAGCAAGAGAUCAAGGACUCUUGCAGCAAUGAAAAUGUCCAUUUGCAUAUAUUAGAUAUGUCCAACCCAGAAAAUGUUCAAGGCUUUGCCAUGAAGUUUAUCGAAGAUGAAAGACCCCUGCAUGUGUUGGUGAAUAAUGCUGGGUGCAUGGUUAAUGAUAGACAAGUUGAUGAAAAUGGGCUGGAGAAAAACUUUGCGACAAAUACUCUUGGAACAUAUUUACUGACAACUGCCCUUGCAGAUCACAUUAAAAAGCAUGAAUCACCGAGAGUCAUCACUGUUACUUCAGGUGGUAUGUUGCUUCAGAAGCUGGAUCAUGAAGACUUGCAGUUUGAAAGGAUAAACCCCUUUGAUGGUACAAUGGCGUAUGCACAGAACAAGAGACAACAAGUAGUUAUGACUGAUUUUUGGGCUAAGAAGUAUCCUGAUAUUCAUUUUUCAACCAUGCAUCCAGGUUGGGCUGACACACCAGCUGUUAGAAAUUCAAUGCCAGAUUUCCAUCGGAAAAUGGAAGGCAAGCUAAGAACACCAGCUGAAGGAGCAGACACCCUGGUAUGGUUAUGUGUAUCACCUGAAGCAACCAAGCAACCUAGUGGAGGCUUCUUUCAAGACCGUAAAACUGUCAAGAAACAUCUACCACUAGCUUGGACUGUAUCCAGUGAAAAUGAUGAAGCAAGUUUCAUGCAAAAGAUGGAAGACUUGGCAAAUAAAUUCAGAAAAAAAUAGGGUGAUUGCUCGCUAUGUGAUCAGAAAAAGAUCAGUUGCAGCAGACUAUUUUUAUACACACUUUUUAAGAAGAUAGUUCAUGACAAUAAACAACAACUUCCAAAUGCACAUUAAGCAUUCUUCUUCCUCAAAAAUGCCUUCUUUUGCCUUAAUCUCAAAUUCUUUUGUGAAGUUUUUUUUGAAAAUCACUGAUCUAUCCUCCGAAAUGUAAAUUGCAUCCUGAUAACCUCUGUUCCGCUUCCCAAUACUGUUUAAUCACAGACCUGUAAAGAUUUCAAAAUUUCAGGCGCAUUCUUCAAUGUGUAAAGCCCUCCCUUGUCAUUCUGUUAUUUCUAUUGUCUUCUACCUGGUCUUUUUCUACCCAUUAUCGUGUUUCAAAUAGUCUUAAAAGCGAUUGACAGGUGCAAAAUAUGCUUAAGCAAUCUCUCAAUCAACUUUUAGCCAAUCAAUGAAUGUGAUACGACUCACAUGCUUUUUGAUUGGCUAAUAUUGAUUAACAAAUGCAAUUAGCCCCUUAAUGCCUUUAAUAGUGUUUUCACUCGUUAUCACAAGCAAAUGCUCCAAGUAUGGGUGUUCCUAUGUCCCUUGUAUUUCGGUUACCUAUCCUUUUUUGAAAAAUAAGGCCUCUAAUUUACAAUAAUUGUCAAUGAAUUAUGUAUGUAUACAUUAUUUUAUAAUAGUAUUGAUUAUAUCUUCAUUUUAAUACCCUACAUUAUAUUUCUGCUCAGAUUCUGCAGGUGACCUAACAACGUAAUGCUGUAAAGACGAAAAAUAUUUUUCUAAGGUGAUCUUGCUAAUUAGAGAAAGAUGUCUGUAAUUGUAGCAUUUCGUUAUUUAUUGUACUAGAUAAUGAAGUUAAGUGUUUCAUAAACUGAUUCCAAUCUA